AUGCUUAAAGAGAAGAAAUCUCAAAGAUAUCGGUGCAAGUUUAUCACUCAAACUGUGAUGGCUUUCCUAGAGUGUCUGAAACCCAAACACUCACCUUCUUCUUCAGACAUGGCGAAAGAUGAAGCAAGAAAUGAGAAGGAAGAAGAUGCUUCAUCUAAUAAAACCACAGCGAGGAGUCUCAACUUGGCGAGAAAACGGAAAAGUAAACCGAUGGCGAGCUCAGGGAAAAGAGGUGGAGUUAACACCUACGACAUGUAG